AUAAAGGUACCCGAGGGGACAGGCUCAGACGCCGGAUCGGAGCGAGUAUUUGGUUGGAACCAUCUGCACUCGUUUACGUGUGGAAGCUGCCCCUCCUGCCAAUUGGACCAUACCCCACAAAGUUAUCUCUGCCACAUGUUUCUUCUUCGCCGUACUGCCGUCCGCGCCAUCACUGCGUCGCCUUCCAAGGCGUUCCUUGCGAAGCCCCGAUCCAUCAACACCGCCACACCCUCUGCCUUCCGUCUAAGACAACAGCAAUGGUCAAUAUCAUCUUUCCAGAGACGAUUCGCUAGCGAUGAAGCUGCAAAGACAGAGCAGGCUGAGGCUGCUGCCGCCGACACCCCAGAGAACUUUGCGCAGACAGCCGCUGAGGCACCCGUCGAGGAGAACUUGACACCGGCUCAGCAAGAAGUGCAAGCCGAGCCCACCGACGCCUCUGCUACCGUUGGUGCCGAAGCGCUAGAUGCUGCCGUUGAACACGCAGACAAAGGCAAGACGUUUAAGAAGUCACGGACUAAUCCCCCCAACAACAUGCUAUACAUUGGCAACCUGUACUACGAAGUCACUGCAGAGCAACUGAAGCGCGUCUUUUCCAAGUUUGGCGAUGUUGAGAGCACCAGGAUUGUCUACGACAACCGAGGCCUAAGCAGAGGCUUCGGAUAUGUCGAAUUCAAGAACGUCUCGGAUGCGCAAGCUGCCCUUGACAACCUCGACAUGCAGGUCUUCGAAGGCCGCAACCUCGUCGUCCAGUUCCACCAACCCAAGCCCAACUCCAGAACCCGCAACACGAUCACAAACAAAUUCGAAGCCAACCCUCCUUCCAAGACGCUGUUCAUUGGCAACAUGUCUUUCGAGAUGUCAGACAAGGACCUCAACGACCUCUUCCGCGAUGUUCGCAACGUCAUGGAUGUCCGUGUGGCCAUUGACAGGAGGACCGGCCAGCCCAGAGGCUUUGCUCACGCAGACUUCAUCGAUGUUGCUAGCGCCACCAAGGCCAGGGAGGUUCUGAAGGAGAAGACCAUCUACGGCAGGCAACUCCGCGUUGACUUCAGCAAAUCUGGCGCGAACCCGCUCAGCCAGUUCACCAAACACGUGCAGGAUGACAAGUCGCUACAGAGAGACCGCCUGGUCGGGCGGGGGCCUGGAGGGAUGCAGGAGGGCAUGCGAAGCCAGCAAAUGGGCGGUCCUUCAGAUGGCAUGAUGAACGAGUUCAUGAACCAGAAUGUCCAACUCCCACAGGGACCCGGUCCCGCGUCUCCAUUCGCUAUGGAGCAGAUGCGGAGAGAGCUGGAGCGGACACAGCACAGCGGAUCACCAGCAUGGGCAGCAGAGUUCGACCCAGGCAUGCAAGCGCCACAGAUGGGAGGACCGGCCAUGCAAGAAAGACCAGCAGGAUUUAAUCCUGCUGAAUUCGCAAAGUUUCAGCAGAUGAAUCCAGCCGCGCGAACGGCGAGCCCAACUACCGCCUCUCAGCCUUCGAUGACAGGAUACCAGCGGCCUAUGUACGGAAUGGGCAUGGGCAUGGGCAAUAUGGGCAUGGGAAUGGGCGGUAUGGGCAUGAUGCAGCAGCCAUACGCACCACAGAACUUCCAACAGCCCAUGCAGGAAGGCAAAGGCAAGGGGCGCAUGGUGGAGCUCGACGAUCAGGACUGGGAGGCUCAGUUCGCACAGCUUGAGCAAACAGAUCAGCAGGACCUGAGUGCCCUUGACGCCGAGGCGAACAAGGCUAUGGAGGCAGAGCUCAACGAAAUGGACAGGUCAGUAGAGAAAGAUGCCGUUGAUUUCGACGAUUUCGAGUCCAUUUGGAAGGGUAUCCAAGCUGAGACUGAAUACGCUAGGCAACUUGCCAACGAGGAGAACUUCGUCGAAGGACACAUGGGCGACAUGGACCAAUGGGAAGGCUUCGACGGGCUCAACACACAUUCGGUCCGCGAUCCGGCAAUGGGCGACUACUUAUUUGAGCAGGAGAACCUCUUCAAGAACGUUACAAAUCCAUUUGAGGAAGGUGUGAAGAUCAUGGAAGACGGCGGAAACCUCUCGCUGGCAGCCCUAGCUUUUGAGGCAGCUGUUCAAAAAGACCCGAAUCACAUUGCUGCUUGGGUAAGAUUGGGCGAGUCGCAAGCGCAGAACGAGAAGGAAACACCGGCUAUAAGAGCGUUGGAACAUGCUUUGAAGCAGGACCCGUCUAACCUAGAGGCUCUCAUGGGUCUGGCUGUAUCCUACACGAACGAAGGCUAUGAGAGCACCGCAUACCGAACCCUGGAACGCUGGCUGGCCACCAAGUACCCGUCACUAAUCAAAGAGCCACUUUCUUCAGAUGCCGAAAUGGGCUUCACAGACCGCCACCUGCUUCACGAGAAAGUUACAAACCUCUUCAUUCAAGCCGCGCAACUUUCGCCAAGUGGCGAGCAAAUGGAUCCCGACGUGCAAGUAGGCUUGGGUGUGCUGUUCUAUGGCGUAGAAGAAUAUGACAAAGCAGUCGACUGUUUCGGUGCCGCUCUUGCGUCCACAGAAUCUGGCGUCUCAAACUCUUCAUCACAAGUCCAUCUUCUCUGGAAUCGCCUCGGUGCAACCCUCGCAAAUUCAGGCCGCAGCGAAGAGGCCAUUGACGCCUACUCGCGCGCUCUCGCACUCCGACCAAAUUUUGUCCGCGCACGCUACAACCUAGGUGUGUCAUGCAUCAACAUUGGCUGCUACACUGAAGCCGCACAGCACUUGCUCGGUGCGCUAGCUAUGCACAAGGUCGUCGAGCGUGAAGGUAAGGAGAAAGCUAGGGAAGUUGUUGGCGAGGGUGUCUCUGACAGCCAACUUGACAACAUGAUUCACCAAAACCAAAGCACAAACCUGUACGAUACGUUACGAAGAGUGUUCGGCCAGAUGGGCCGUAGGGAUCUCUCUGAUAUUGUGGGUCCAGGCAUGGAUGUUGAGCGUUUUCGAGGCGAGUUUGAGUUUUGA